AUACAUUUUCCUGUGGAGGGAAUCGAGACGAAGACAUAAAACUACUAACGUACGAAUUACGCCGAAAACGGAUCCAAUAUAUCGUAUCCUUCAGGGCUAUCAUAUGUUUACCAAGGAAUUUGACGUUAGCCUGUUAGUAAUAAAUUGAUACAUGCGAUAACAUCAUAGCACUAGUGACCUUCUAUAUCGUAGUAUCAGCUAUAGAUAUUUUCACUGCUAAGAUGCCAAAUAUUGUCGUCGUCGGCGCGGGCGUGUCAGGUCUCACGACAGCCUAUCUGCUGUCGAAGCAGAAAGGGAAUGCCGUCACGGUCGUAGCGAAGCAUAUGCCGGGCGACUAUGACAUCGAGUAUGCGUCGCCAUGGGCUGGCGCGAACGUUUUGCCUAUGGCAACCGAGAAGCAUAGCUCGUGGGAACGUCGCACGUGGCCGGAAAUCAAGAGGCUCGCUACCGAGGUACCCGAGGCCGGAAUACACCUCCUAAAGUCGCGCGUGUACCGCCGCGAGAAGGACAUCGAGAAGCUGAGGAAGGGGGGCUACAAAUUCGACGGGCUCUUCGCGGAGAACCCUUGGUACAAGACGCUGUUCGAGGACUUCCGAGAGCUCCCCAGGGACGAGCUUCCGCCGGGCAUGGCGUCGGGCUGCGAGUUCGGGUCCGCGUGCAUCAACGUCAUGGUGUACUUACCCUGGCUCCUGGGCCGGUGCCGAGCGAACGGCGUGGUGUUCCGCCGCGCGACGCUGCAGCACAUCUCGGAGGCGGCGGCGCUGCAGCUCGGCCACCGCGACGCGGGCGGGCGAGCCGACGGCGUGGUGGUGGUCAACGCGACGGGGCUGAGCGCGUCGAAGCUCGGCGGGGUGCUGGACGCGAAGCUGGUGCCGGUGCGCGGGCAGGUGGUGGUGGUGCAGAACGAGGCGCCGUACAUGGCGACCACUUCGGGGACGGACGACGCCGACGACGAGCUCUGCUACAUCAUGACGCGGGCGGCGGGCGGCGGGACGGUCCUCGGCGGCACGUACCAGAAGGGCAGCUGGGAGAGCCAGGCGGACCCGAACGUGGCGACGAGGAUCAUGCGGCGGGCCGUGGAGACGAUGCCGGAGCUUACGGGCGGCAAGGGGGUCGAGGCGCUGGACAUCAUCCGCCACGGGGUCGGUCUCCGGCCGUACAGGGAGGGGGGCGUGAGGAUCGAGAAGGAGAAGAUCGGCGAUACGUGGGUUGUGCAUAACUACGGGCACGCGGGUUGGGGAUACCAGGGGUCGUACGGCUGCGCGGAAGAUGCUGUGGCACUUGUGAAUGAGGUUCUUAGCCGCUCUCGACUGUAGAUAGGUAUGUAUAUUAAGUAGGUAUUAAGCUACUUGGUUGAAUUUGCUUGAGGGUCGUAGGGAAAGGAGGCAUUGGGUGACUUUAUCCAGCUUUAUCUCUUUUUCUUUUUACUUCCCUC